GUUAUCUUGCUGUGAAUUAUGGGUUUGUUGAAAAGUUGUUUGUCUUAACUUCACGAGUCGUUUCUGGGUUUUGGCCUUCAAAGCUUGAAACUUGCAGCUUUUUUUAUGGUUUUGUCACUUCAAAGAAAGUAAAAUCAAAUCUCAGAAAAUCCUUCUUGAAUAAAAAGAGUUACUUUAGUUGCUUGCUUUUUUCUCACAUAUUUUGUUUUACGUUAUAUUCUCUCUAGUUCUAUCCCUUCUGCUGUAGAUCUCUACUUUAGUAGGCAACUGCUCAAUCAUCUUCGCAGCAUUGAAGUGAAGUAGCUACUGUUGAAGCUCAAAUAUCUGCAUUUUUUUUUUAUAAUUUUUGACUCAAAGGGUAGUGAAAUUAUGGAGACUCCAAAAGGAAGCAGAAGUGACUCCUCGAAAGUGCCUCAAAAGGUUUCCCCGCGACCUGUUCGCCAACUCAAGCCAACUGCACUAGAGUCUGACUCAUCAUCGUCCUCUAAUCAAACGAGAACUCCAAAGGAAAGAAGCCCUAAAGUUGUUGAGCGGAGGUCACCAAGAAGCCCUGUGUCUGAGAGGAAGCGUCCUAGCAGAAUAUCUGAAUUGGAGUCUCAGGUUUCUCAACUUCAAGAGGAGCUUAAGAAGGUGAAAGAUCAGUUAAAUUUGUCUGAAUCAGGGAAGAAGGAAGCUCAGCAAGAGGCCGAAGACUACAAGAAGCAACUGUCGGCUGUGUCUGUAAAGUUAGAAGAGCCCCAGAAGCAGCUACACGAGCUGCCUGCUUCUGAGCAGGCUCAUGUUGUAGAGCUUCAAAGGAUCUCGCAAGAACAGGAUAGUACUUGGCUGUCCCAGCUUGAUGUUGUUCAGAAGCAGCAGUCACUUGACUCAGCUGCCUUGGCUGCUGCCACCAACAAGAUUCAGCAGCUUACAGUUCAGCUUGAAAUGGUUGCUGAAUCUGAGGCUUUACAAACCAAACAUGCUGAAUCAAGACAGUUGGAGCUCCAGAGCCUGAAAGGGAACCUCGUAGAAACUCUUUCGAUUGUUGAAGACAUGAAAAACCAGCUAAGCGAUAGCAAGGAAUCAGAAGCUCAGGCUAAAGCAUUGGCCAAUGAAACUCUUCUGCAAUUGGAAACUGCAAAAAAAACUGUGGAGGCACUCAGGUCAGAUGGCAUGAGGACUUUUGAAGAUUACAACAUAAUCAUUUCAGAGUUGGAAAAAUCAAGAACACGUGUGAACUUCUUGGAAGGACUGGUUGGCAAACUCAAAAGUGACCUACUUAAUGCUAGCAGCACCCUCUCGCAAAAAUCUACAGCCGAUGACAGUAUUGAGUAUGGAAUUGAAGGGCCCGGAAGUACGGAUGAAUCAAAACAACUUCACUCAGAGCUUUCUUCUUUGAAGUCUGAGGUGGGGCGGUUAAGGUCUGCCCUGCAAGCUGCUGAGGCUAAAUGCCACGAAGUAGUGCAGGUAAAAAAGUCUUAUGAACUGGCAGAGCAAGCAAAAUAUGAACUGGAGAAGCAGCUGGAGAAAUUGAAGGCUGAUAUUGAGGAGUUGAAGGCAGACUUGAUGGACAAAGAAACUGAAUUGCAGGCCAUUUCAGAAGAAAAUGAAGGCUUGAAUAUGAAGAUCAAGAAUAGCCUUUUAUCCAAGACAGAAUCUGAGAUUGAAAAUGAACUUAAAAAACUAAAUGAGCAUAUUGGAGAUUUGAAGGCAAGUCUGAUGGACAAGGAGACUGAGUUGCAGAACAUAUCAGAGGAAAAUGCAUCGCUGAAGAAGGAAAUCAGUAGAAGAGAACUGGAAAGAGUUAAAGUCAAGGAUGAGGUGGUCGUGGAAGUAGAGGCAGCAAGGGCUGCAGAGAGAGAGGCCCUCACAAAACUUGGUGUUGCGAUGGAAGAGGCAGAUAAGAGUAACAGAAAGGCUGCGAGGGUAUUUGAGCAGCUUGAAGCAGCACAAGCAGCAAGUUCUGAAAUGGAAGCAGAGUUGAGAAGGCUAAAGGUGCAAUCUGACCAAUGGAGGAAGGCAGCCGAGGCCGCUGCUUCCAUGCUUUCUGCAGGGAACAAUGGCAAGUUUAUGGAUCGAACCGGGUCAUUGGAGAACAAUUAUAAUCCUGUUUUGGGAAAUAUAAGCUCCCCCUAUGAUGAAGACAUGGACGAUGAUUUGCUGAAGAAGAAAAAUGGAAACAUGCUAAAGAAGAUUGGAGUUUUGUGGAAGAAGCCGCAGAAGUAGAAGCACCUUGAGGCAUGGUUCAGAGGUGAAUGGAACAGCUGAGUCGAUCGAAGCUUCAGGUAGUAAUGCGACUGCAGUUGUUAGUAUAUGAUUACUCUUCUUCCCAGCUAUCUUAUUGUAACAUCAGAUCUUUGUUUGUAUUGACUGCCAAACCAGGAAUUGAUGUAAUGAAUCUCUAUGUUCUUAGCAUAGGACGUACUUUGUAAGACCAGCUUGUUUAAUUCUGUGAGAAACGGAGUAGUACUUGGUCAUGGAAUGAUUUUGUUAUUGCAAGGCCUUUGAUCUUCAUGAAAA